UCUGCUCUGCUCUGCAGAGAGAGAAAGCUCUGAUCUCUAGUUGCAUUCAUUCUCAUGAGUGUCUCAGACGGACUACAAAGAACGAGCUUUUUAUCCUGUACUAAUGAAACAGAAUCCGAGAGGGAUCUACCUGUCUGGUAAUUGAACUUGUGAAGAAAAAAGCCCAGGAGUCUUGAAGUGAAGGUGGCUUGUUUGGGGACUGUAACCUUAUGGAGACUGUGCGAUAGGGCUCUUCAUCAUCCACUCUCUACUGUGCUUAACAUUUUUACAGGGGGAAAAAGAGGAAAUGUGCUGACAGCAAUUGCCCAGCAGAAGCAGCUUCAAACUGGUGAAGAUGGAGAACAGCACAGGGGAUGAACAGAACCAAACAGGGCUGCUACCAAGCCAAGAGGUGAUCAGUAUUGACUACCAAGUAGUUACCAUUCUCUUGGUUCUCCUCAUCUGUGGACUGGGCAUAGUGGGCAAUAUCAUGGUGGUGCUGGUGGUCCUCAGGACCAAACACAUGAGGACGCCCACUAACUGCUACCUGGUGAGUCUGGCUGUGGCUGAUCUCACGGUGCUGGUGGCUGCAGGACUUCCCAACAUCACCGAGAGCCUGUAUGGAUCCUGGGUCUAUGGCUACGUGGGAUGUCUCUGCAUUACGUAUCUCCAAUACCUAGGCAUCAAUGCUUCUUCUUGUUCCAUCACCGCCUUCACUGUUGAGAGAUAUAUUGCCAUCUGCCACCCAAUCAAAGCCCAAUUCCUAUGUACUUUCUCAAGAGCCAAAAAGAUCAUUAUUUUUGUCUGGGCUUUCACCUCCAUAUAUUGUACCCUCUGGUUUUUCCUGCUAGAUCUCAACACAGUAGUCUACAAAGAUACCAUCAUUGUUUCUUGCGGCUACAAGGUGUCCAGGAGCUACUACUCCCCUAUAUAUAUGAUGGACUUUGGUAUAUUUUAUGUUGUGCCAAUGAUAUUGGCCACUGUCCUCUAUGGACUGAUUGCCAGAAUAUUGUUCCUGAAUCCCAUCCUUUCAGAUCCAAAAGAAAACCCUAAGACACAGAGAAACAACUCAACUCACCAAAACAAGACUAUGAAUUCCAAGAUGACUAACAGGGGUUUCAAUAGCACUAUUGCUUCUAGAAGGCAGGUUACCAAGAUGCUGGCUGUGGUUGUGAUCCUGUUUGCAUUUUUAUGGAUGCCCUAUAGGACACUGGUUGUUGUAAACUCCUUUCUCUCCAACCCUUUCCAAGAAAAUUGGUUCCUAUUAUUUUGUAGAAUCUGCAUUUAUCUAAACAGUGCCAUCAACCCCGUGAUUUACAAUCUCAUGUCCCAGAAAUUCAGAGCGUCCUUCAAGAAACUCUGCAAUUGCCAGCAGAAGCAGUCAGAGAAACCUGCCAGUUACAGUGUGGCCCUAAACUACAGUGCCAUCAAGGAGUCUGAUCACUUCAGCACUGAACUAGAAGACAUUACUGUCACCAACACCUAUCUGUCCCCAACAAAAGUGUCCUUUGAUGAUACGUGUUUAUCCUCUGAGGUGAUGUGAGAAUGAAGAAAGAUGUUUCUCUUUCCAUACCGCUUCUUCUCUUAAUUUCAGGCCUAAGGAUUUUGCCAUUCUGGAUCACUCUGGUCUUCAUUAAUAUUUUGAUGCAAUAUUUACGACAGCCUGUGUUAAACCGAGAGUUGUUUCUGCUUACAGAACCCAGGAGCUGCUGUACAUCUCUACACACCAGUUUUCUUGCUUUAAGCAAAAGCAGGCUCAUGGGGCCGGAGAAAACAUGCUAUGGGCAUGAUUCAUCCAAUUACCUUAGUGUGUGUAUAAGUUUAGCAUGAGAGUUGACUUCAGUGGGAUGACAGAUUUGCUUAGUGUUACAUGUAUGCUGAAUUGUGGCCUAAGUUCUCAUGCUCUCUUUUAAAAGGUCAGGCACACUUUAGCACUGAUUUUGAAGUCUUUACUCAGGCAAAAUUCCCAUUUGACAUCGUGAAUCAUCAAUUCAGAGUUCAAUGGACGUUUUUGCCUAAGCAGAGACUUCAGGAUCAGGCUCUGUUUAUGCUGAUCUAUCAAAUAUAGCAAGAAGUUUGCAAAUGUAUUUUCUCUGCCAGUGAAAUCAAACUAAACCUGAUGUCCAUCUGACAAAAGUAGGCUGAUCUGACUGACAUUUCUAAAAGUGCAAUGUUUCCAUGCUCAAAACUGCAAGGCAAUGAAUGCCUCCUGAAAGGUGCUGAAUUGAGAGCACUCAUCACUUUUCCUAGAGCGCUCAGUCAGAAUCUCACAGGCUAUUUGACUCACUAUUUUUUUAAAGAAACAAUCUUGGGUCAAAGGUUAGAGAACAGUCAGAGCCAUUGCUGGUUACAGUUAUUGUCUGGCAUGGACUCCCUAAUUUCAGAUUAGAGUGAAUCUAAUUGUAAGAUCAUGACACACUUUAAUGAAUAGAUUUCUGAUGGUAAAGAGCAUGAAAUCCAUUUUCUUACUUUUCAUAGCAUGAAAUAGGAAAAACAUUCAAUAAAUUCACAGCUGGGAAUAAACAAGAAAACAAAAUCUGUAUAAAGCUUUUCAAAGUCUUAUAUUUUAAUCAGCUGGUAUACAGACACACUACUUGCCAUACAAGUGUCUACUCAUACUCAAUCCUAUGGAUACCUGCUCUGUACUCAAAAGUACUGGAGCAGACUUACAUGUUCUGCUAGUUAAUUUUAACUUGGCUCAACAGCAAGUCUCUCUCAGAUCGCUACAAGUGGAUUGAAGCUUCCAUAUUGAUAAUGCCUAGCACUGGCUGAGAAAAAGGAGAAAAAAUGAUAAAAAAAGUUCAAACUUUGUCCUAUUUUCUCUCAACAUUUAAAGUUUGAAAUUUCAAAAUAUUUCAAGAUUUUCCCAAAAAUUUAAUUUAAAAAAAUCUUCAAUAUUGUAGGUUCUUCUUAAAACUCUUCCUUAAGUGCAGUCAUUUUUUUUUAAAUGGAGAAUGAUGAGUCUUUUCAGUCUGACUUACCUUAUUAGUGGGCUUGGAAGAAUUAGAUUUUUUAAUCGGUAAAUGUUGGUGUCACAGGGUCACUCACCACACUGGCACCUCCUGCUGGGCAUUUUGGGAAUUAGCUCAGUCCCAGCAGGUGUGGCCUUAGUUGGUGGUGGCUCUCUCAUCCUCACCUCUGCCUGCAGAGCCAUUACGGCUCCUUCCUCUCGGCAUCUGCUUUGUGGCACAGCCCUCCAGCCGUGUCACCAUCCCAUUUCUCCCCCUUCCGGGGGACUCCUUGAACAAGAGUCUUGCCACUCCUUGCAGCAGCUUGGCAGUCCAAGGCCUUGCUGCUCCUUCAGCAGCUAGUGGGGGGUGGGCCCAGCCCCACCUACUACUCUGGGCCCCAUCCCAGGGACCCUGCAAAACAGCAGCUUCCUGCUGCCUCUUCCUUCCAGCUCACUGUCUCUAUUUCCUGGGUCACUUCCCACAGCCUCAGUUCCUUCUGCUCUGGCUCCAGUUCCUUUGCCCUCUUCCCAGGGCCUUGAGCCUGUAAGUCCUGGCAGCCUGCCAGGAGCCCUCUAGGAAGCCAGUCUUCUCCCUAGGGCUCCCUGCAGCAGACUCCCUCAAUCUGUUCUGCAGCUUCCUUUUAUAUAUGGGCCAACCAGGCCCUGAUUGGCUGGUCCAGCCGCUGCCCUACUUGUCUGCAGCUGCCACCCUAAUUUGGCUGUUUCCCCUGCAGCCCCUCCUUUCACUGCCUGCCGCUCAGCCUCCCUAGGCUGGUUUUAACCCUCUCAUGGCCAGUGCAGGGCAGGUGCCCUGUCACAGUAGGUAAACAUCGAUUUCACCACACACAUACAAACCAAUGGAAAAAUAUUUCCAUCACUAAUCAUCAAAAUUUACAGAUAGGCAAAAGCAGAAAAAUUCUGCUUGAGAACUUAGAGUUUGAUUUCAGGAUAUUUACUUUGUAAAUUAUGAUGUGUGAUAUUGACAAUUUGUGUUUUAACCAUUAUAAAGCUUUACGUUUUUAAAUCCCAGCAUCUACAGCCAUUAAAUAAAUUAUUGGCUGACCCCGCCAUUGUGUGACACACACUCCAAUUUGCCACAAGUGUGAAAAUUUCAAUGGAUAAAAACAGGAAAAAAUGCACAAACCCCAUAAUUUUGUACAACUGUGAAAAUUUAAAUUGAUAAAAAAUAAAAAAAAUCCUUUAAAAUGAACAUUUAUAUUGUCCAUCAAAACUGUACAAAAAUAAAAAUUGAAUUCUGCCCAUCUCACUAAUCAACACAGGCCACCCUGCAUAUUUAACAUUCUCUCUAUUGAAAUGCCCCCAUCACUUUGGUAUCUCAGCACAUAGGGAAUCAAGUGAAAGGGAGUGUUCAGCAUCAUUAGGGUACUUUGGAAAUAACAUGGAAAAAAAUUCAAAAUAGGCCACACAAAAAUCAAACAAGAAAGCUCAGCAGAAGCUCAAUGGUCAGAACAGGAGAAAACAAGUUUUCCUCUGUAGAGUACUAGGUGAUUAUAUCUCAUGACAAAAACCUUUUUAAGAUUUAAUACUGUAUAGUGAAGAUGUUCAAUAUGAACAAUUUUUUCCCUCCAGGUUUGAAAAUACAAUUUCAGCUCUCUACUAUUUCAUUUUUCAACAUAAGUGAUGGCCUUAAACUAUGGGUAUCUGACUACAAGAGAAAUUAAAAGGAAUAGCCACCUGAGUAAGUUUCACAAAUGACAUAAUAAAAUAAGAUUUUCUGGGCAAUCUUACAUAGGCAUUUAUGUUUAUUCAGCAGAGAUGAAAAAUAUAAAUGCAAUUUUAUAGUGCUAUGCCAUCAAAAAAAUUCCAACUAGGCAAAACCAAGUGUAUGGUAAAAUCAAAACUGCAGAACUGGAUUCAUAGGUUAUUCCUGAACCAUAAUAAUAAUAGUAUGUGUUGGAGGUAUGAUGGAUAGGAAAAGAUAAAGUAGUGGAUAACAUCCUUUUGUUAUAUGUAAUGUCAGGCUCUUUUUCACACAUCCCUCUAUACAGGUCCAAUAAAUAAAAUAAAAGAGAAAUUGAGUGGACAUGAUAGGACCGGUGAAUCUGCUGAAACAGAAACUAGUCUGCUUAACUGUCAAGAUUAUUAUUACUAUAUUAGACUGAAAGCCCAUUGUGCUAAGCACUGUACAAAUGCACAGGAAGAUCAUAACAUUUGAAACAAAGUGAGUGUGAUAAUCAGUAGGACAGAAGAUUGGAGGGAGGAGGAACAUAAUAACAAUAAUAAGUUCAUCAUUAGCUAUUCUCACAAGUUGUCAUCUGAAAGUUUUUUGAAAACAAAAUCAGCUAUCCCCAAGUGCCCCACAACCUAGCUACCAUCAGCUAACAAAUAACAACUGAAGGCCCUUAAUCUGCAAAAUAAUUAUGCAGAUGCUUAGUCCAAUGCACUGUGACCUAUUGAGUUUAAGUGCAUCAGGUUAAGCAUGUACAGGUUUGUGCAACUGUAGCCUAAAUAUUUUUCCAGAUUCCUGAGAAUAUGCUGAACUACCUUUGUGUUAUUUCUAUGAAGCCAAUCCUGUGUGUAUGUAACACAUAACCCUUAUCACAUGGCUUCAAGUGUGAAAAUAAGAACAUAAGAAUGCCCAUACUCGUUCAGACCAAUGGUCCAUCUAGGCCAGUAUCUCGUCUUCCAAGUGCUAGCCUCUCUUUCUAAAAGUACAGUUUUAGAUUGCUUGUGGUAAUUAUAAAUAUUUAAGGGCAGAUCUCUCCCCCUCAUCUCCCAAUCCCUGAAGUCAAUAAGAAUGCUCACAAUAGUAGCCUCUCCACAUAAUAGAAAAUAUGUGCAGGAUCAGCCCUAAAUGCUUGCUGUCCUUGCUAGAAACAUGUAUUAGUAUACUGAACUAUUUUAAAAAAUUAAAUUAAUAUGAUUUUUAAUUUAAUAAUAAACAUGAAGUCCCUCUAGUGGACAUUUAAGUGGUUAUAUAAAGCUCCAACAAUUCAUGUUGACUUCAAGCCUUAUUAGUCUUAUUGUACUUCUAACAAAAUCUUAAAUAGACUUUUUUAUACAAUGCUAUCUCUAUUAGAUGGGAAAUGAUAUUACAGUGCAUAGUGAAACAAGCAUUAACAGUAUAGAUCAGUGGAAUUAUAGACUAGUCUGCCUAACUUCGAUAUCUGGAAAGACACUGAAACAAAUUACUAAACAAUCAAUUUGUAAGCACCAUAGGAUAAUAGGGUUAUAAGGAAUAGCCAGCAUGGAUUUGUCAAGCGCAAAUCAUGCCAAACCAACCUAAUUUCCUUCUUUGACUAUAUAUCUUCAUUUUAGUAAGGCUUUUGACAAAGUCCCACAUGACAUUGUCAUAAGCAAAUGUGGUCUAGCUGGAAUUAUUAUAAGGUAGAUGUACAACUGGUUGAAAGACCAUACUCAAAGAGAAGUUAUCGAUAGUUCGCUGUCAAACUGAGAAGGCAUUUCUAGUGGAAUCCUGCAGGGGCCAAUCCUGGGUCUGGUACCAUUCAAUAUUUUAAUUUGUGACCUGGAUAAUGGAGUGGAGAGGAAGCUUAUCAAUUUUGUGGAUGACUCAAGCUAAGAGGGGUUGCAAGCACUUUAGAGGGCAGGAUUAAAAUUCAAAAUGACUUUGACAUAUUAAAGAACUGGACUGAAAUCAACAAGAAUUAGGAAGUUAAAUCAAAGGCACAACUGAAAAAUACAUAUAACCCCCAAAUCCUUUUCAGCAGUACUAUCACCUAACUGCUUAGGAUCUGAGGGUUAUAGUGGAUCACAAAUUGAAUAUGAGCCAACAAUGUGAUGCAGCUGCUAAAAAGGCUAAUAUUAUUCUGGGGUGCAUUAACAGGACUGUCAUAUGCAACACUUGGGUGGUAAUUAUCCUACUCCACUCGGCAGUAGUGAGGCCUCAGCGGGGGGGAGGGAUAGCUCAGUGGUUUGAGCAUUGGCCUGCUAAACCCAGGAUUGUGAGUUCAAUCCUUGAGGGGGCCAUUUAGGGAUCUGGGGCAAAAAUUGGGGAUUGGCUCUGCUUUGAGCAGGGGGUUGGACUAGAUGAUCUCCUGAGGUCCCUUCCAACCCUGAUAUUCUAUUCUAUAUUGUGUCCAAUUCUGGGCACUACUCUUUAGGAAAGAUCUGGAUAAAUUGGAAAGAGUCCAGAUGACAGCAUCAAAAAUGAUAAACGUUUAGAAAACCUGACCUAUGAGGAAAGGUUAAAAAAAGAACUAGGCAUGUUUAGAAUUGGGAAAAGAAGAUUGAGUAGGGACCUGCUAACUGUCUUCAGAUAUGUUAAGGGCUGUUAUAAUUGUUGUACAUGUCCACUAAAGGUCGGACAAGAAGUAAAGGGCUUAAUCUGCAGCAAUGGAGAUUUAGGUUAGAUAUUAGGAAAAGCUUUCUAAUUAUAAGGAUAGUUAAGCUCUCGAACAGGCUUCCAAGGGAGAUUGUGGAAUCCCCCCCUCAUGGGAGGUUUUUAAGAACAAAUUAGACAAACACCCAUCGGGGAUGAGCUCCUUCCAAGCAGGAGGCUGAACUUGAAGCUCUCUCAAGAGCCUUCCAGCUCUAUAUUUCUAUGGAUCUAUGAUUAUGCUGAAAAAUGAUGGUGCAGGAGUCACAGGGACAGAGAAAUUGAGUGACUGGAUAAGUCAAAUAAGGAACAGAGAGGAAGAUGUGUAUUUUAUUAGCAUGGUUAAUCUAUCCCUGGUAUAACACCAGUGAAACCGAUGUUACACCCAGGAUGAAUUUGACUGGUAGUAUUUGCCAUACUAUAUCAGGCAAUUUGUGCAUCAACUUCAAUAUCCCGCCACUAGCCUUGACUUUACUUUAGAGGAGGCUGGGGGUGGGAAACCCCACAGUACAGCUAGAUACUUGUGCAGUGCUUUCUGCUGGGAGAAAUCUUCCUUUGUGACUCAUGCAAUGACAAGCUUAUGUUCUCCUGAAGAAGAAUAUUUUAUUUCUCUGUAUUGCAAUAUGAAUACUUGAAAAUAUUGUUGUUGGUCUGAAAUAUAUCCCAUUCCUUUAGUUCUUGCCAGAGGUUGCAAUGAGAGCUAGAAGUGGGUUUUAAAAUCUGUUAUAAAAGUCAACAAACCGAAGAAAAACAAACCACAUACAACUACAUUAAAGUUAUGUUAUUGUAUGAGAAGUGAGCAUAUUGAGAGCGGAGCUAAACAUUCUUGAGUCACUCUGAGCCAAAUUGUGCUUUUAUUUUUUGCUGCUUUCAGGGCCUUGAUUUCACUGGAAUAACUCUGGAUUUACACCAGAGCACAAAUUUGGCCCUUAAUUUACACUUUUGCGAAAAACUGAAUAUCAUUGUUUUUUGCCCAUAUUUCCAUGUUCUGUGGGUUCAAAUUAGGCCCACAUCUUAAUGGUGUAUCAAAAAAGCCUCUAAAUUUGCACCCACAAUUUUGCAUGCAAAAUCAUUUGGGCCUGCAAUAAACAAAAACAACAAAUCAUUUGCAUGCCUAAAAUCUCUUUUGCAGACAGAAAUGAUUACACAUGUAAAACUGUGGGCACAAGUGAUUUUACACACAUUAUGUGUGCACUUCAGAUACCGUUUUAGAAAAUAUGGCCCUUUGUUUUAGAUUCAUUUGUUGUGAUUAAAUAUAGAUAUGUACGCAUUAUUCAUUAACUGUAUUUUAAUGUUAUAUGCAUUACAAUUAACCAUUUAGAAAUUGUGCCCCAUCUCAUUCUAACUAUUGUAACUUAUCAAUUUAUUUCUUUGCAAUUUUGUUUAUAACACUGAUCUGCUUUUUUCAUCCUUGUACUGAUUACAAGGAUAGAGAUACAUGACACAUGGAGAGGCUGAGGGAACUGGGAUUGUUUAGUCUGCAGAAGAGAAGAAUGAGGGGGGAUUUGAUAGCUGCUUUCAACUACCUGAAAGAGGGUUCCAAAGAGGAUGGAGCUAGACUGUUCUCAGUGGUAGCUGAUGACAGAACAAGGAGUAAUGGUCUCAAGUUGCAGUGGGGGAGGUUUAGGUUGGAUAUUAGGAAAAACUUUUUCCCUAGGAGGGUGAUGAAACACUGGAAUGCGUUACCUAGGGAGGUGGUGGAAUCUCCUUCCUUAGAUAUUUUUAAGGUCAGGCUUGACAAAACCCUGGCUGGAAUGAUUUAGUUGGGGAUUGAUCCUGCUUUGACCAGGGAGUUGAACUAGAUGACCUCCUGAGGUCCCUUCCAACCCUGAUAUUCUAUGAUUCUAUACUGUCUGUUUCAUUUAUACAGUUGUUUGAGUAUAAUCUCAAUAAUAGUACUACAGCAAAACUUGUCUGCUUGAACUGGAAGAGACUAGAUGUCAUUACCAAAUGGAGUAGUGAACUAUUUAUUUUCAAAUAUUAUUGCUUAGCAAGUUACUUAGCUUAUGUUUACAACAUUCAGUUUGGAAAUGAUGUCUUGAAUGAUAGUAAUGUUGCAAUAUCUAUCUCAGUGAAUUCUCAGUGAAUGAAAUUCAUAUAAAAAGAAGAUUGGAUUAGUGCAUUGAUAUUUAGACAUAUAAUUUUAAACCAUGAUGGUUGGCAUAUUAGAUACAGCUCCGGCACCUAAUCUCUGGAAGUACGGUCUGUAUGCAAAUUGAAGUUCUUAUACAGAUUUUACUGGAGAGCAAAUAAAAUACCCUGCAAUUUAGUACAAUUUUCUUUACACACAAGUAUUCUCAGAACAGAAAAAGAAUUAGUGUAGCUUUUUCAGGUCAGAGUUAAGGUUAGCGCAAAGCAGUUCCGAUUUAUUCUAAAAGGGUCUGAUCAAGCUCCCAUUAAAAUCAAUGGCAUAUUGAUCCUACUGACUUCAGCCAUCCAGGUUCAAAGCCUAAUACAACUGACUGAAGGACUGGUUCUGAGGGUCACUAAGUACCAGUAACUCCUAUUGCACAGCACCUACUGGGAUCAGUCCUUUAGCCUUUACAAGCAUAAAAGAGAUCCUGAUCAAUUUUAAAAAACACAUACAUAAAAAAACAGGCCUGAACUUUACCACUAUGGAACAAACUAAUUAUUUCAACAGUGCAUAAAUAUUUGAAGUAAAAGUUGCUGUGAAUUUUAACAAUACUGUAUGUGCUUCUUUAUUUUCUGAAUAGUGUAUGAAUUCUAUUAUGUAUUUGUAUUAUUUGUUACAAAUUGUGGUGAAAUUGCAAAAUGAUCAUUGACUGUUUUGUCACAUCUGCAAAAACUCAAAUAGUUGUGUUACACACUUUUUUCACAACUUACUGUUUUCUAAGGGGCCUUCAACUAGCUCUGGGUAAUCCUAAUGCAUCAAAGUAAGCUGAAUUGGACCAGUCCAAAUCAUCAGGAUGCCAGAUUCACUUGAUAUGGGAGUGGAUUGUUGGAAACCUACAUAUUUAUUUGGAUGGUUCAAAGACUGAAGCUAUGGAAAGACCCGAUUUUGUCUCCCACCCAGCUUAGUAUUGAUCUCAUUCUGUUACUGCCUGUGGCUCAUAAGGAAGUUAUGAAUAAAAUCCAGAAAUUCAUCAGUGCUGAAGUCGAAAAAUGUGUUGCUGAUUUGUGUAGUCAUUCUAAUGAAUUUGUUAAAAAAACCCCAUCUUUUAUUCUUCGAUAUGUGCCACUGUAAAGAUUCUUUGUGACAGGGAUUUUUUGUCACAUCUCCAAUAAA